UAGCGCGUGGUGGACCAAAAAUUUUUGUCAUUUCACUUUCCUAACCCAAAUUCAAAAUCACCAUUUUGUCUGAAAAUCAACCCUACCUGAAACAAACUUCAAUUUCCCGUCGUUAUCUUCACACAAAUUUUCCGGCGAUGUCUACGGAAACAGCCGCCAAUGAUAACAUACCUAACGCCGAUGUUAGCCCAAGCAACGGUGUCGGAAUUGAUACGACGCCGUUUCUCACUAGCCAGAAUUCCAGGAGCCGACGUUCGUUCCGUCGCCCUCCGAGCCUCAGAGGAGCUGCCGGAUUUCUACGGCGUGCAAGUAGCCGACGAUUGAUGCGUGAGCCGUCGAUGCGAGUAAGAGAAGCCGCUGCUGAGCAAAUCGAGGAGCGGCAAAGUGAUUGGGCUUACUCAAAACCUAUAGUGAUAAUAGAUCUUUUAUGGAACUUAGCUUUUGUUAUUGUAUCGAUUUCUGUGCUUGUACUGAGCCGAAAUGAGUCUCCUUCUAUGCCGUUAAGGCUUUGGAUUGUUGGAUAUGCUUCACAGAGUGUGCUUCAUAUGGUUUGUGUUUUCGUUGAGUAUAGACGCCGACGGUUAAGGGAAUCCUCUGAAAAUUUGAGUAGUUCUGAGCAGAGAAGCGGGAGUGCUAGUUGGAAUACCGAAGUUGGGAACUUGAGUUCGGAGAGUGACGGAGGGGAGUCUGGUGAUUAUUCGCAGGAGAGGAAUCAAAAUGAGGAUGAAACUAGUGUUGCCAAGCAUCUGGAGUCUGCAAACACCAUGUUUUCUUUCAUUUGGUGGAUAAUCGGGUUCUACUGGGUAUCUGCUGGUGGCCAGACUAUGCCCCGUGAUGCGCCUCAACUUUACUGGCUCUGUAUCACAUUUCUGGCGUUUGAUGUGUUUUUUGUUGUUAUAUGUGUUGCUGUGGCUUGUGUCAUUGGAAUUGCUGUUUGCUGCUGUCUCCCAUGUAUUAUUGCAAUCUUAUAUGCAGUGACAGAUCAGGAAGGUGCAACGAAGGAAGAUGUUGAAAGACUGCCUAAGUACAAGUUUAAGAGACUAGGCAACUUUGAGAAAGAGAAUGGUGAUAUCCAAGAAUCAUUUGGAGGAGUAAUGGUUGAAUGCGACACCGAUACACCUACUGAGCAUGUUCUUCCACCAGAAGAUGCUGAAUGUUGCAUUUGCCUUUGUUCCUAUGAAGAUGGAAUCGAGCUGCGUGAGCUCCCAUGUCGUCACCAUUUUCAUGCAGCCUGCAUAGACAAGUGGUUGUAUAUAAAUGCAACCUGUCCUCUUUGCAAGUUCAAUAUACUCAAAUAUGGCAAUCAAAGUGGCAGUGAAGAAGCAUAAGCAAGCGCCGCUACUUAUACAUCCUUCACAUUAAAGAUCUUGAUAUAAGUUCUGGGAUUCGAUCGUCUCCAUCAACCGGAAAAUUCUUCACCAGGUUCAGACUCAAGCAGCCCAGAACUUGCUUCUGCUCACUUAUCUUUUCAGUAUAUAUAUUGCUGUUUAUUUUCUGUCUUCAAUAUAAUAUCUGUAUAGGUGGUACUUUUCUAUACCUUGUGUUUGAUUUCUUCACCAUAUGUGUAUGUUGCAUGAGAAUAACCCAGAUUUGGUUAACCCGCCCGUAUUAUGAUUUUCUUACAUAAAAAGGGUCAAAUUUAUUUAUCCAA